AUGGAACUACCUCCACGAACUCUUCCUGAACGCCCAGUGGAACUACCUCCACGACCUCUUCCUGACCGCCCAGUGGAACUACCUCCACGAACUCUUUUGACUACCAAAGCAUCAGCACUGCGCGCAACACCACUUUCAACCUCUGAUAACGAUGCAACGUGCCGACUCACGCGCCAACUUUGGGAUACUCGGAGGGAACUGACUGCCUUACAAGCGCGCGAAACCGACCUCAUAGCUUCAUUGCGCCGCUUAGACGCUCCUCGUCAUAUCCUCGAAUUUGGGCAAGCGCAAAGAUCCUCAGAGCUUGAAGUGCGUCUCGCUGAAGUGGGAAAUGAACUGCAGCGAGAAAGAUAUAAGCGCCUUCAAGCUGAGCGAGGUCUCAAUGAGAUUGAGAUUGAGAAUAGGGCUCCGUUUGUUGUUCCAGCUCUGUUUCAGGCGUUCCUAAAGAUUUCCGAGAUGAACAGAUAA